CUAAUGUCAUCACGUCGCUGGAGCAUUCCCCCUGACGCUGGUUGGGCCGCUGCCCGCCGGGAAUGGUGUUGCUUCUGCGUCUUUUCGCCCCCAACUCUCCAGGGAUCGCGGCCCGGGAGGAGGCCGCAGUGGCGGCGGCACUGUGGCCCGUUUGUGUGAGAGCCGCUGAAUGACCGACUGCCUCUGUCGGGCAAACACUGACCUCAUUCCGUGAUGAAGGGCUUUUGCCCGAAACGUCGAUUUCAAAGCUCCUCGGAUGCUGCCUGAACUGCUGUGCUCUUCCAGCACCACUGAUCCAGAAUCUGUUUUCCAGCAUCUGCAGUCAUUGUUUUUACCUCAGUCCGUCACCAAUCAAUGCUGCGCUGAGAGCCCUCCAGAAAUUCAAGUAUUUACACAAUGAAUCUAGUUCGACUCGUCUGUCGCCACAAAACAGCCCUCGGGGUUGCAACCCUGUCCUUGUUUGCACUGGUAUUGCUUUAUCUGGCUAAAUGCACCUCAGAGACUUUAAAAUCCCCCGGUUUACCUCGUGGGGUUGAGAGACGGAGUGACAGUCAGGGUCACAGCAGAACAAAAAGCCUCUCUGCUUUUCUUGUUUUGCUGAUCACCACUGGCCCCAAGUACACCGAGAGGCGAAGCAUUAUCAGGAGUACGUGGCUAGCUAGCCGGGACCCGGAAAUCCUCCCUUACUUUGCCAUUGGCACCAGCGGCCUUCCUGCAGAGGAAGUUCAAAAUUUGGAGCAAGAGAACACUCGGCAUCAUGAUCUUCUGCUUCUGCCAGAUUUGAAGGACUCUUACGAAAACCUUACCAAUAAGAUCCUUCAUAUGUAUGCUUGGAUAGACCAAAACAUUGACUAUAAGUUUGUGCUGAAAGCAGAUGAUGACACUUUUGCCAGAUUAGACAUCAUUAAGGAAGAACUGAAGGCAAAAGAACCAAAGAAACUCUACUGGGGAUUUUUUUCUGGACGUGGAAGGGUUAAGGCUGCAGGCAAAUGGAAGGAGAGCACUUGGGUUCUGUGCGACUAUUAUUUGCCGUAUGCCCUAGGGGGCGGAUAUGUUCUGUCUGCUGAUUUAGUGCACUAUAUUCAAAUUAACAUUGAUUAUUUAAAAGUGUGGCAGAGUGAGGAUGUCUCUUUGGGAGCCUGGCUGGCACCUGUCGAUGUCAAACGCCUGCAUGACCCACGGUUUGAUACGGAGUACAAGUCACGGGGGUGCAAUAACAAGUAUAUCGUGACACACAAACAGAGCAUUGAGGAUAUGCUGGAAAAGCAUCAGACACUCCAAAGAGAAGGGAAAUUGUGCAAGGAAGAAAUUAAAGUGAGAUUGUCUUAUAUUUAUGAUUGGUACGUCCCACCAUCCCAGUGCUGCCAGCGAAAAGAUGGCAUACCUUGACAUCACAAUCUGGCACUGGAUAGGAAGAGAUGGCAAGAUCUGUAUUGGGAAUUGGAAAGCAGUAGUGUGGAUGUUAAUGCAGGAUGUUUCUCCUGAAAGGAGCUCCAGCAUCCACACAGCACUUAUUUCCAGGAUGUUUGAUACUGAGCAGAUCUUUAUCCAGUUUACUGAAUAAUGAGUCUGCAAAUUUGAGAGAUGAAAACUUGUACCUUCAGUGUUUUUCUCCAAAAAGCACAAAGUUGCUGUUCUUCCUGAUCAGAGUAUAUAUUGGCUCAUUGUAGUGCCAAGGGUUCAAUUCCUGUUUGUCCAUCUUUGAGACAUUUAAACUUUUGGUCACCCUCAUCACUGUUACCCUGUGCAAAGCCAAUGUCAAAGAACAAACACCUGGUAUUCCAAAUCCUAACUCAUUACUCCAACCUGAGCAAUGCUCACAGGUAGUUACAUAGAUUUUACUGUACAUUGUAUCUAAGUGCACAAAAGUCUGAACAUCUGGGAUUUGUGUAAUCCCAUUAUAGUAAACAUAAUUUAAUUAUAUUUGUGUAUAUACAUAUGUAUCUGUAUGUGUGUCGUGCAUAAAUGUGUGUUUAAGUUUACUUGCUUACUUAGAUAAAAGCCUUUUAAUGUGUCUCUGAGCCACCUAUUUCAUCACAGCUUGCUCAAGUUGAAUUGACGCUCAUUAAAGUUCUCUCUUAUGUGGCUCGGCAGUGAGAAGAAACAUUUAAAAAUUGCAAAUCAAAACCUUGAGAAUGUCUACAGUAUUUUAUCUUCCCCAAUGUUUUGCUGCUUUUUUAAUACUUUUAAAAAUAGUAACUAUGUUUUUGUAUUCAUUGUAAUGCAGGAUUUUUUUUUUAACUUGCCCAACUAAAUUUGCAUGGAGAUUGUCCACCUGUGCCUGCAGUCUUGAUGUUGCGUGAUUGACUGUUGGUAUGUCUGUGCUUUAGUCCUUUCAUUUUUGAAAUACAGCACAAAUAUGGUUUCGCCAGUUCAGCUUUACAUGUAAGUAAGAUUACUUUGCGUUUACUCUGUUCUCCAGGAACAUGAGAACCUACAGUUAGUUGAAAGGUGGUGCUGGAAAAGCACAGCAGGUCAGGCAGCCCUGAGGCACAGGAGAGUCGAUGUUUCAGAAAUAAGU